AUGACCGCAGCUGAUCAAAAGCUCGACUACUACGAGCUGCUUGGCGUCCAAGCCGAAGCCAACUCGGACGAGAUUCGUCGCGCAUUCCGCAAGGCUGCUCUGCGCUAUCAUCCCGAUAAGAAUCAGGGCAAUGAGGCCGAAGCCGAGGCCAUGUUCAAGCUCGUCGCCGAAGCCUACGAGGUUCUUUCGGAUGAUUCCAAGCGGCAACUGUACGACCGCUACGGCCACGAGGGGCUCGGCGAAGCAUCAGCAUCGGCCUCCUCGGGUCGUGCCGGACCACAGUUCCGGGAUGCCCAUCAGCUCUUCCGUGAGGUCUUUGGUGACAUGUUCGGCACGUUCUUGGGACUAGACUCGGACUUUAUGAGCAAUAUGUUUGACAGCCCCUUCAAUGACCCCUUCUUCAGUGGGGGCAUGGCGGGUGGUUCUGGCUUUGGCCUGUCCCCCUUUGGCAGCAGCAUGAUGGGCGGCGCUUCUCCCUUUGGCAUGGGUGGCUCGUCCUUUUUUGGCAACAUGGGUGGCGCUUCACCGUUUGGAGCCAUGGGCGGCUUCUCAAGUUCACAAAGCUACAUGAUGUCUGGCGGCGCCAUGUCGGGUGGCGGCUCGUUUUCUUCGCAAUCUACCUCAACCUCCAUCCGCGACGGCAAGCGUGUGACCAAGACUGUGUCCUGUCAGAACGGGGUGACGGAGGAACGCGUCGAAGUUCGGGAUGCCUACUCUGGUCAACUCUUGGAUUUGACUGUCAACGGUCAACCCCAGCUGCAGGGUGUUGAGCAUGCCUCACCACAGGGUUAUUUGCAGAGCUCGCUUCAUGGGCGUUAA